AUGACGGAAAAGUAUCUUUUUUCUUCAUUGUCUAAUUAUUCUGGCUUAAAUAUGGGAUCAAACCCUUUGAUGAUUUUAGUGGUUAUAAUCAUAUUAAUGCGAUUCAUUUUGUGGUCCUGUUUCAGUGCUUAUUUAGAUUACAAAUUGUCUCAAAGAUUUCCUGAAAAGAGGAAGGACUCUUGA